AUGUUUCGCUUCGCUAUUCUGGUGGCCGGUGCAAUGGCUAUGUCAGACCCCACAGACAUGAAGCCAAGCUGUUCUGAAAGGGGCAAGGCUUAUGUCACGGCCGACAAGAUUAGCAGUGGCCCUGACGGCCUCUAUGUGAUCAACGCGAUAUCUUGCCAGCAGAGUUGUGCAGCGAACCCCACAUGUAAGAAAUUCACUUGGAAGGGGGAUACUACGCCACUAAAAGGUGGCUGCUGGCUCGUUUCAGAUGCUGAUGCGGAGGUCAGGGACGAUCCAAUGGCCAUCAGUGGGCCCAGACUUUGUCCCGCCGCCGCAUCCAGUUUCAGACGCUCUGGCCCCAUUGCCAUCUCCGAUAUGGGCAAGUCGGGAGCCAAGGAUUUGCAUGAUGCUGAUAGCCUGGGAGGCAAGGACAAGACACUGGUUGCUGGAGCUUCUACGGUGUCCAAACGCAGUGAUGCAGCCACCUUCCUCCUGGGGCUCCUUGCUAUCGCGGGCGUGGUGGGUGCAAUCUUUGGCAUAGCUGGUGCUACCUACUUCCUGGCUGCAAGGAAACCCAAGAAGACGAGAGCCUUGAAAGCAGCUCCUCAGGACGAGGAGCGCCCCAUCAUGGAUGAAACACCCAUGCCUACGACCUCAUCAAUGCCAUCAAUGCAAUCAAUGCCAUUUAUGCAGGCGCCAAUGCCGGUGCCAGCAGCCCUGACGGCAAUGCCCUCAGGCCCCAUGGCUCAGAUGCAGCCCAUCCAGUAUCCGCAGUAUUACCAGCCGCUGCAUAUCAUGCCACCGCAAUUUGCGGGGCAGCCCUAG